GUUUUCUUCUGGUGGGUGGAGAGGCACUUGCAUUAUGGGAACUACCACAGAUAUUUGACCAAGAUCACCAGGAAAUGGACGGUGACAAGAUAAAAUGGACAAAAAUCUGGGAGCAAAAAGUUGCAUCAAAAGUGAUUCUUGCCCAAUUCUCUCCGGAUUCCACUAUGUUCGCUACAAUGGGGGAGGUUUGGUGGAAUCCCCAGAAUAGUGAAGCGAAAGAACGAAGAUUCAAUUUUAACUAUUUGCCACAUCCGCGAGCUGUUGUUAAUCUUGCAUGGCGUGAAGGUCCAGCAGAACAAAAAAAAUCCAAUGGUAGCAAUAUUCUAUUGACAAUGUGUAGAGAUGAGAUAUGCAGAAUCUGGGUACCGACAAAUCCCGAAGAGCCUCACAAUCUUUAUAUAACCACUGUAGUUGAUCCUGACCAAUCAUUAGUGACACACCAAUUAUCGGAAGAGGAGAGAAUUGACCCAGAAGAUUCUGAUUAUUUUACUCCAAUACAUUGGAUUCAUCCAAAGGAAUUUUUAACUUCUUUAAAGAUGUCCAUCGAAGUGUUUGAUGGUGAAAUCGAUCAAGCCGUACUUGGCUCGGGAUUAAGGAAGCUGAAGAAUCUCGCAAGUGAUACGUCGGAUUUAUUUUAUCAGAUUCAGCGAGAUGGAUCAAUGUCGGCACUCCUAGAGAAUAUGGAUUUUAAUUCAUUUACGAAUAUUAGAAUCUCUAUUGUAGGCCACGCCGCAUCCCCAAAGUACUCGUGUUAUUACGCAUUGCACAAGCGGUUCCCGUGUCGGAGGUGGAUUAUUUUUGCGAAAGUACUGCCGCCUUUCAUGAUAAUAUCUCUUCCGAUUUCCAGAAAUGUAAGGACCAACCUUGCGAUUAAUAAACGACUUUUAUAUCAAGCAUCAGUAGAGCUUGCAAUAGUUGCACAAAGCCCACAAGGUCGCAUUAAAAAAUAUGUGGUUCGUCUUGUUGAAAUAUUCGAUAGCUUGCAAUCGGUGACCGCAUUAGAGUUAAAACAUUCGUGGACCGGUCAUCGGAGUGACGUAAGAUCGAUGGUUAGAGCACCGGGAGUGGAUAGUUUUGUUUCACUUGAAAAAGAUGGUGAUGCAACUCUGUGGGAUAUCUCGACACCAGAGUCAUAUCAGUGUGACAAGCGUACAGGUCCGACGAUCAUCGAGAGAUCUUCUAUUUCUACGAAUUCGCAAAUUAGGCUUGCGUGCGUACUUCCAAAUGGAAGAUUUCUGGCCGCUUAUAAUGGAAUUCAAGUUGCGUUGUUUUCAUGUGAAGAUGACCAUUCACAUCAAAUUUCA